CGCUGCCGGGUUGGGGAUGGGCUGGAAUGGUGUUAUGUCUGGUAGUGUCGACGUUUGGAGUUUGGUGGUGGUUUUACUUAUUGUUGUGUAUAGGUUUGUGUGUUGCAGGCUGUCUGACGUUGUUGUAUAUACCUCAGAAGGUACCUCAGAUUGUUACAAAUGGAUUUGAAUCUUGGAGCAGUAGCACCCAGCUGCUUCAGGCACUGAGUCACUUAGAGAGGCCAUUGAAGAAACAGAAACAUGACAAACGGCUCACUGGUGCCAACAUUAUUGAUGAACCACUCCAAGAGGUAAUAGAAUACACUUUUCGAGAUUAUGUUCACUCCUGGUAUGGUUACAUCUCUACAGAUGAAGAUUUUCUUGGUCAUCUAAGAGAAUUGGUUCACAAAGUGAUCAUCAACUGCUCGGCCAGGUCCAAGGACGUAGAAUGGGUUCCAUACCUCACCACCCGUCUAGUCGAUGACUUUGCAUCCCACCUGAGGCUCUUUCGAAAAUCUCAAGCCAAACUUAAAGUCAAAAAGGAAGAAGAUCCAGGAAGCAGUCUGGACCUUUUGUCAAUAUUUUUUGACAAAGAAUUUGCAAUGGAGCAACAUCUUUGUAGAGAUCUUGUGUGUACAUCGAGAACCCAUGAAAUAGAGUAUCUUCAAGAUUUGAGUGAAAUUCUCUUGUACCUUUUACUGCCACCAGAAGAUUUUCACAAUAGAAUGCUCAGGUUCUUCGUGAGGGUAAGUUAGAGUAGUAGGCUUAGGUCAGGUUGUUAGUAGGCUUAGACGACA